AUGUCCCGCGACUCCUCCCGCACCUACCUGCACCUCCCGCAGCCGCACUUCGCCGACCUCUUCGAGGAGUUCACGCGCACGCCGCUGCUGCCCGAGGAGAUCUACGUCGCGCCGCAGCACCAGCCCAUCAACCCCGAGGACGAGGACGACGUGGUGCCCGACCAGCACGCCGCCUUCGGCAUCCAGCGCGCCACCCAGAAGCAGCGCACCCCCGCCUGGCGCGACCUCGGCCUCGACGAGCUGCUCGCCCGCGGGCCCACCGAGCCCGUCCGCGUCAGCCUGGCGUCCCGCGCCAGGGGUGCCGGUGCCGGUGCCGGUGCCGGCGAGGGCGCUGCGGCGGGCGGGAGCGCCGGGAGUGGCUUGCCGCGGUGA